GCCAAACCCGCCAAGGCCACUCCUUGAUCAACUCAUCAACCAUAGUUGAUCAAGCUAUUGAAACAUCCAUAUCAAAAAAACAGGCAAUUAACCGCUGCAGUGCAUGCACUUCACAAAGUUUCCUCACGCCGCCAACUUCAGUUAUUAACAUAACACAACCACCGACUCACCGAUCGUUAAGCGCCGCCACAGGGUCCUUUUAAUACCAAGAGACAAACAACACCACCAACAAACAGCCCUACAAAAAUGUCCAAGAUCGCCAAGGACGUCAGGGCCGGCCUGAAAGGCAUCCGCGGCGCGGGCGACGCGAUCCGCGGCGACGCGAUGGAGGCCGCGGACGAGCUGCUGGACCAGAGCCCGGACCACCCGCGCGCGCAGGCCAGCGAGGCCAGGAACCAGGCCAUCAAGGAGAAGGGCAAGGCGCAGCUCGAGAGCGCCGACGGCGCCAUUGGGCACCGGCAUGGGACGCGGUCAAAGACCGCCGCGGCUGCGGCUGCCUCGGGUGAGGGGAUGUAGGAGUCAUUCGGAUGUCCGGGCGUGAUGGUUUUUGUGCAUAUGUGCUGGUAUGUGUCUAGGUGUUGAGUUGGAUUGGAUGGAUGGGGCACAUGUUGAUUACUGGAGUCUUCGGGGGCGUGAUAAUGUUGUAUGUGUAUGAAUCGAGUUUGAAUUCCUGUUGGCUUUGAUGUUGUCUAUCCUUUUGGGGGUUAAGUUUUUGAAUAGCGACAGCAAGGCUUAUAUAUAUGUAUUAUGGGGAUUAGAACCGAAACCACUUGAGUGCGUGCUCCGCUUAUAGGAGAACUCG